AUGAAUGAAGAAUAUGAUGUUAUCGUUUUGGGGACCGGUCUUACGGAAUGCAUCCUCUCAGGAAUCAUGUCCGUGAAGGGGAAGAAGGUGUUGCACAUGGAUCGCAACAAUUACUACGGGGGAGAUAGCGCUUCCAUCACGCCUCUGGAAGACCUGUACAGGCGGUUCAGCCUGCCUGGCAAUCCCCCAGAAUCCAUGGGCAAGGGAAGAGACUGGAACGUGGACCUCAUCCCUAAGUUCCUCAUGGCCAAUGGUCAGCUGGUUCGGAUGCUGCUGAUCACGCAGGUGACCCGUUACCUGGACUUCAAGGUCAUCGAGGGCAGCUUCGUCUACAAGAAGGGCGGCAUCUACAAAGUGCCCUCCACUGAAACCGAGGCCUUGGCGUCCAGUCUGAUGGGGCUGUUCGAGAAGCGACGGUUCCGGAAGUUUCUCGUGUACGUCGCCAACUUCGACGAGAACGACCCCAAAACGCUGGAAGGCGUGGACCCCAAAAACACGACCAUGCGAGCCGUUUACGAAAAAUUCUCCCUGGGCCAGGAUGUCAUGGACUUCACGGGCCACGCCCUCGCCCUCUACCGGACAGAUGACUACCUGAAUCAGCCGUGCUUAGACACUAUCAACAGGAUCAAGCUGUACAGCGAGUCUUUGGCCAGAUACGGCAAGAGCCCUUACCUUUACCCACUGUACGGCCUGGGAGAGCUGCCGCAGGGCUUCGCCAGGUUAAGUGCCAUCUAUGGGGGAACCUACAUGCUGAACAAGCCCAUUGAGGAGAUCAUCAUCGAGAACGGGAAGGUGGUGGGAGUGAAGUCUGAGGGCGAGAUCGCACGCUGCAAGCAGCUGAUCUGUGACCCCAGCUACGUGAUGGACAAGGUCACCAAGGUGGGUCAGGUGAUCCGGGUCAUCUGCAUCAUGAACCACCCCAUCAAGAACACCAGCGACGCCAACUCCUGCCAGAUCAUCAUUCCGCAGAACCAGGUCGGCAGGAAGCACGACAUCUACGUGUGCAUGAUCUCCUUCGCACACAACGUGGCGGCCCAGGGCAAGUACGUGGCCAUCGUCAGCACUACAGUGGAGACCAGCGACCCCGAGAAGGAGAUCAAGCCCGCCCUCGACCUGCUGGAGCCCGUGGAACAGAAGCUCGUGAGCAUCAGCGACAUGCAUGUGCCAGUUGACAUGGGUGCCGAAAGCCAGGUCUUCAUCUCCCGCUCCUACGACGCCACGACCCACUUCGAGACCACCUGCGAUGACAUCAAGGACAUCUACAAGCGGAUGACGGGCACGGACUUUGACUUUGCGGAAAUGGAGCGCAAGAAGAAUGACAUCUUCGGCGACGCUGCCGAUCAGUAAAACAGCCCACUGCACUCCCGAGUAUAUAUGGUAUUUUCAAACGACUGUAAUCACCGAGCGGUUACAGGCCGACGAUCCAAGCAUAUUUCGCCCAUUUACGGAACUGAAUAAAGUUAUAACUUUGUAUUGUUGGGAUAGGCAGUGGCCAGCCUGCUUUUUAUAAUUGCAUUUUGACAAGUAUUGCACUGAUUGUUGGUAAACGCCCUGCAUUUACCCCCUUACAUUUAUCUUGACAUCAUGUGCUGAGUUUUCCUUUCCUGUCUAGUGAGGGUGUUUUGCCAAAGAUGCCAAAUAAUCGGUUUUUAGUAAAGUGAUUACAGGAGGGGAAUAUUCAGUACUAUUAAAUAGUAUAUCUCUUUUUCUCUGCAACACCGAAACAACGGGUAGUUGUGCUUUAUAUGUGAACUUCUAGCGGGUGAGUUUUUCCACAAAAGCGAUGUUAUUUCUGGAAUGACCUGGGCUCAGCAAAACAAUCCUGAGUGGGAUUAUUGGUGAUGAAUUACUGGGGCUAAGGCUUACUGGGGGUGUACAAUGGGAAAUGGUCAGUCUAGAGCAGGGGUGUCCUAUCUUAUCCAAAAAGGUGUGGGUGCAAGUGUUUCUUUUAGCCCAGCACUGAGGUACCUGAUUCUACCUUUAAAGGUCUUGAUUUGAAGUCCAUGAUUAGUUAAUUGGUUAAAUCAGGCGUCGUAGCGCUGGGCUAAAACAAAAACAUGCGCCCAACCCAGUGCUUUAUGGAUAAGAUUUGACACCCCCUGGCCUGGAACCUGAAUUUCGGGGGGUGGGGGGCUGCCAAAGUAAUUUAAGUAAUUUGGUGCACAAGGACAAUGGUUAAUUCAGCACAAGGGUGAUAGUUAACCAAGUUCCAGUUAUCCACUUAAAUAUGUAUUAAAAUUUUGUUAAUUGAAACUGAUUUUUAGGGGAAACCCAAUGUUCAAUGGGGAAAUGCUUUCCAGUUUUCUUGCAUCUACCCCUACUCCUGACUAAAGUUCACCAAGCACAGGGCAAAAUGUAAUAUAUCUGCUGAUAGUCAGAGCUACUGCAACAGAAGUGUCAAAUAUUUUGAAUGCAAUGUACCCUAACAAGUCCUUCUGUCUUUCUUCAACAAAUAAACUGAACGGAGUAAAAGUGGGCAAAUAUGUGACUGAAUUCAAUGUACUUUUCAGUGUGACUUUUGGUGGACCAAAAUGUCUGUUGCAGUAUCGACACGACAAGGGCCCUGGACUACCCACGGAGUAGUGCGGAUGUCAAAAACAGGGUUUAAAUGAUUUCUGUUCUGCAAAGUAAAAGUGAACUAAUGGAAA